GGGCCAAGCGGCGUGGGGGACAGGUCCCUAAUGGGCUUCCGCGGGCUCCCCCUGCCCCGGUGAUCCCGCAGCUGACCGUGACAGCCGAGGAGCCGGACGUAUCCCCGGCCAGCCCUGGGCCGCCUGAGCCAGAGGGCGACUGCUCGUCGCACCUGCAGCAGCCGCGCCGCCUCUCCACUUCGUCUCUCUCCUCCACUGGUUCCUCGUCGCUGCUCGAGGACUCGGAGGACGACCUGCUGAGCGACAGCGAGAGCCGGAGCCGAGGCAACGUGCAGCUGGAAGCGAGCGAGGACGUGGGUCAGAAAAGCCACUGGCAGAAGAUCCGGACUAUGGUGAAUCUGCCCGUCAUGAGUCCUUUCAAGAAGCGCUACGCCUGGGUGCAGCUGGCGGGGCACACGGGGAGUUUCAAGGCGGCGGGCACAAGCGGGCUGAUCCUGAAGCGCAGUUCCGAGCCAGAGCGCUACUGCCUGGCGCGGCUGAUGGCGGACGCGCUGCGCGGCUGCGUGCCGGCCUUCCACGGCGUGGUGGAGCGCGACGGCGAGAGCUACCUACAGUUGCAGGACCUGCUCGACGGCUUCGAAGGGCCCUGCGUGCUUGACUGCAAGAUGGGCGUCAGGACUUACCUGGAGGAGGAACUGACCAAGGCCCGAGAGCGGCCCAAGCUGCGGAAAGACAUGUACAAGAAGAUGCUGGCAGUAGACCCUGCGGCGCCCACCGAGGAGGAGCACGCUCAGCGCGCAGUCACCAAGCCGCGCUACAUGCAGUGGCGGGAAGGCAUCAGCUCCAGCACCACGCUUGGUUUCCGCAUCGAGGGCAUCAAGAAAGCCGAUGGCUCCUGCAGCACUGACUUCAAGACUACGCGGAGCCGGGAGCAGGUGAUUCGCGUCUUUGAGGAGUUUGUGCAAGGAGAUGGGGAAGUGCUGAGAAGGUAUCUGAACCGCCUGCAGCAGAUCCGGGACACCCUGGAGGUCUCCGAGUUCUUUAGGAGGCACGAGGUGAUCGGCAGCUCACUCCUCUUCGUGCAUGAUCACUGCCAUCGCGCUGGCGUGUGGCUCAUCGACUUCGGCAAGACCACACCCCUGCCCGACGGUCAGAUCCUGGACCACCGGCGGCCCUGGGAGGAGGGCAACCGCGAGGAUGGCUAUUUGCUGGGGCUGGACAAUCUCAUUGGCAUCCUGGCCAGCCUGGCUGAGAGAUGAGGCUGGGCCCUGUCCUGGUGUGGGCAAGCUGGUCUGACAGAUCUGGACCUGUGGCUGCAUCUUCACCGUGCAUGCCUGUGAGAGACUGGAAUGCUGUGGUGUGGGGACAUUCACAAGGUUCUGCAGGGCCAGGUGCCAACCACUAAGGUGGUGCACCACCAGGUUGGCACCCACAUGAGCCCCAGUGUUCCCAGAACCAAAUGACACUAAUUUACAGGAGGGGAGGGGGACAAUGGGCUUCUCCUUCCCAGAUCUGAGGAGAUUCUGCCCACACCUCUUCAGAGGGGCCAUUUAAUGAAUUUAACUUCCCACACUAAAAUGGACUUCCGUUCCUAAUAAAACUCAAAGACCCAGC